GGAACCUGGGUGUGGGACCGGGCUGGAGAUGGAGUUCGACUGCGAGGGUCUGAGACGGCUGCUUGGCAAGUACAAGUUCAGGGAUCUAACUGUGGAAGAACUAAAGAAUGUAAAUGUGUUUUUCCCAUAUUUCAGAUAUUCCAUCGACACUUAUGUUUUUAAAGAUAGUUCGCAGAAAGACCUGCUGAAUUUUACUGGCACUAUUCCUGUGAUGUAUCAGGGUGUCUCAGAUAUCAAUUCGAAAAGCUGGACAAAUUAUGAGAAUAAAACAGUCAAUAAAAUUACUGUGGUUGGAAGUGGAGAGUUGGGUAUUGCCUGCACAUUAGCAAUUUCGGCAAAG